AUUUUAUUAGAAUGACGUAUGACAAGUUGUAGCCAGUCGAUGUAGUUGUUUGACGAGAUGUUACGAUAUGGCAAACAUCAUCAACCAAGCAGACGCGGAGCGGGUGUUACGGAUAAUAGAGUCACUAGUUGAACAUGUUCCGGAACAUAUUAAACUUGAGUUAGAUAGUCUCAGGGGAUUGCUCAAGAGUCCGCUUUUCUAUCAGUAUCUCGACUAUCACGACCUUCAGAAGAUAUCGGAGCUGACUGAUUCGGGCCGGGAUAUAGAAGAGUUUUGUCAGACCGUUCAGAACUUGAAAUUAUCAGAACUCGACAUGGAGAUAGAGGAGUGCUCCAACAUCAGCACAGACAAUUGCAACCUUGGUGAAGAGGAGGAGAGAUGUGCAGGAGACACAACCCUGGUUAACUCUCCCUCUACCACUUUGAGACUGGGCGAGGGUCUAUUACCUCUCCAGAGAGACGAUAACUCUGAUAAUAUUUAUUUAAGCAACCAGGAUCUUAGUAAUAACUGGAAGAGAAAAGUCAGCAUCAAAAAAGAGACGAUAAGCCUGGACAGGACACCGGGAGAGUCGCUAGGAUUUGAUGUGUGUGGGACUGACAGUGAUGGUCCUGUCCGAGUUUUCGUUCGGAAAAUAAAACCUGGCGGUCUCGCUGACAGGGAUGGAAGAUUGGUUGAGAGAGAUGAGAUUGCGGCAAUAAACGGGGAGUCAAUUCUCGAUAAUGAGGGGGGACCUGAGGCUUUUCAACAGGUUAUGAAAAAGUUGGAAGAACAGACGGAAACAGUGACCUUUACCAUCAAAAGGAAGCUGAUGGUAGAAGCGGAUCCUCCGGCACUAACUCCAGCUAUACCGGAAAUAGAACUGAAAUGGGAACGUGCUCCUAACCCUCUUUCUUUGGCCGGGAGGAAGCUUAUCAUUGAACCAGACGGUAGCGUAUUACAGCCACUGAGUUGUGAUAUAUGUAACACUGGAACAGGUCUAGGGUUUGGUAUAGUGGAUGAUGUGUAUGGUAAUGUGAGAGUCAACACUAUUCUUGCAGACAGUCCUGCAGCUAAGGACUGUAAACUGCAACUGCAAGACAUAGUACUAGAAAUAAACGAGGCCAUGGUCCGUGGUCUGAAUCAGCAGCACGUAGCCCGGCUCCUGCAGUGUGCUUCUCCCAACGUAUCACUGCUCAUAGGCAGACCUGUUCAGUUGGAUCUACAAAGAUUAGAGCUGUUGGCUUCCGGUUUAGAGGGACUAACUUGGCGACCCCUGACUCUGUGCGAAAAUACCGGUGGAAUUGUGGUACACUCCGUGGAGAAUGACAAUAACAGUCUCCUCUGUAAUGAAGACGUCAUCAUUCAGAUUAACGAUGUAUCAGUGGAAAUAGUGCCGGAAGUUCAACUACCACAACUGUUUGAAGCAGCUAGAGUAGUUACCGUCUAUCGACAGCAUGUCGUUCCAGUGCAAGAGGAAGAAGUCCCUGAAGCCGAGAUAAGUUCUGAGCAGGAGGUGACAAGAUCUGCUUUGAGAGUAGUUUGGCUGCCUGAAAUACAAAUUGUGGAAUUUGAGAAACGAAACGCCACACUUGGGAUUUCUAUAUUACCUCUGAUUGAUCCUCUGAAGCCAUCCAGAACGGUGAUAGUAAUUGAUCACGUGCAAGAAGAGUCAGGUUUGGUGGACCUCGUGACCCCUGGAAGCAAACUCACUUCAAUCAACGAUCACGUUUUCAACGACUGCUCUUUCGAUAUAGUAGCUAAAGUGAUGAAGAUGACGCCGAGCGGCCCGGUCAGAAUGGGGGUCACGCCCCUAGCUCAACAGCCCAAACUGCUCUCCGACGGAAGGGACAGUGUUAUUCAACAGCUAGUCAUCACUGUCAGCUACAACGCAGAUUUUCCUGGCAUUACCCUGAAGCCCUCUCCCCACAGUAUCAUUCCUGGAUUUGAAGUGUGCACCAUCCUACCAGGAGGGCUGUUUCAUGUUGACGGGCGCCUAAAAACUGGUGACAUAAUCGUCACGCUCAACUACGCUGAAACCUCUCAGAUGAGCUUAAAAUGUAUCAGAGCGAUGGUGGAGACGUCCUGCAAGAGUUCCUCGCUGCUAAGAGUGUCGUACGUUACGCACGAGGACGCACAACAAGAGUAUAACGUUGUCGUCGCCCGCCACCCCAAGACCGGUAUUGGGAUAACGAUUGCGGGAGGGGCUACAAUCGACAAUCCUGCAAGUAACAUAUACAUCAAGAAGAUUGUUGAUAUCAACUCGCCGUUGAAGAAAGGAGAAAAUAUCAUCAAGGUGAACGAUAUCUCGAUGAUAGGUCUGACCCACGCCGAGGCUGUUGAUGUCCUAAAAUCCGCCACGUCACCCCUUACUUUAACAUUGCAGACUCCUUCUGGUCAGGGUUCCAUUAAUGGAAGCAGAGAAAAUAUCGAGCCAGAGAAUCUGCUGCAACUAUGUUUGCCGAGAACCAGAGAGGCGUUGGGUAUGAAGCUUGGUUCAUGUGAACAAGGUCUCGUUGUAACUCAUAUUGAGGAAAACAGUGUGGCAGAUGUUAUUGGUCUCAAGCCUGGAGACAUCAUAUUCAAGGUGAAUGACACAAUAUUACGGGGAGUCCCUCAAGACAUGAUGAUGCCUCUACUACGGCAACAGGACGGCCCUACUAACGUUACCGUAGUCCGGAAACCUCCCCGAAAGAGCCAGGUGACUCCGAUAAACUCUUUGCCGGGAACCCCAGUCCUGGAACCGAAACAAGACCUUAUGCUCCAGAAGCAAGACCACUUGGCACCAGUUACAGUACACCAUAACAUGGAACCAGCUCCAUCUUAUUAUAGUCCUGAACAGUCCCCUGCAAAUAGCGCCAAACUUGGUGGAUAUGGAAUACACCAGAAUGCGUUCACUGUGAAGAUAAAGAAGUCCGGCACAACCUCCCUCGGAAUAAACACGGUACAACGAGGAGAUGGAAUAUUUGUGAAGAACAUUUUUGAUAACUUCCCAGCUAGUCAAUGUGACAACAUCAGACCAGGAGACCAGAUUCUAGCGGUGAAUGAACACCGACUAACGGGGCUGUCCCGGAACAAGGCCAUAGCCAUCCUUAGGAAGGUGGAGGGGGAUGUGACCCUCCUGCUUACACGACCCAACAUGGCUGUCGCUCAAGUCAACUCCUCCAACAGUGAUAAGGAGAACGCCCCCUCAGCCGGGUCCCCCUUACCGUACGUGGAGGUGGACCACCAGGGCCCCCUCCAGAACACCGCCCCUCCUCCCUCCUACCCUACAGACUGGGACAGGUCACGUGAUGCGAGCGUCAGAUCCUCAGAACCAGACAUUGCUGCUCUCAAGAGGACUGACAAUAUGACUCCUGAUAAUAUCUCCCUCAGGUCCUAUCAGUCGGAGAAGUUCAGUCAGCACAGUCCGAUCCACACACUGGACCAGCCCCUACCCUCUGAGAGGUUGGAAACAAGCUCACCGGGUCAUGUGACUCCAUCUGGGUCACAUGUCACUCCAUCUGGGUCACUUAGAUCUCAGACUCCGUCUUACGGCGAGGUUAUGAACACCAGUAGGUUAACAAACGAGAGUUGGAAGCAGGGAGAUGCAGUGUCACUAACCGACCAUUCUCAGAGGAGCUCUCCUGUUUUAAGGAGACAAGAUACCGGGGAGAGAGCUCCUUCUGGUGACAGAAGGAUCUCCUGGCACGACUCUCCUAUUGAGGUGGAUACAAUACCCAUGAAAAUAGCUAACGGUGACAGUGGUUCUGGCAUCAUCCUCUUCUCUUACCCCCAUUCUGAGGGUAUCCUUGUGAAGUCCAUCACGAACAAUUCUCCUGCACAGCAACUUGUUUGGCCACAAGACCUCAUCAUUCGUAUCAACGAGAACAGCACUCGAGACAUGGCACUGUCGGAUGCUGCCAUCUUAUUAUCGGAAAAGAAAGCACAUAUUGAGAUAGAGGUGAAGCGAGACUCCCCCAUGUAUCAGCUGCAUGAUGUCAUCCUCGAUAAACCCAAAUCAGGAAGUCUCGGGUUAAGUAUCACAGAAAAGAGGUCUAACCCUGGUAUCUACAUCUCUAAAGUAACGCCCGGAGGUGUGGCAGAGAAACAUGGUGGUGUAGAGCGUGGUCAGAGGAUUCUCAAUAUCAACGGACAGAAUGUCAAGUACAUGAGGCAACCUGACUUCAUCGCUAUCCUCAAGAGCUGUGGCAGCAUGGUAGAACUAGUGGUGGGAACUCCGACAAGAGACUCAGACAACAGAUCUACGUCCUCCUCACAGAAACAGUCCCCAAGUGCUAAACAGUCCCCUGUUCCUCAGAGAUCCUCCGCUGGCAGUGCACGGAACAGCCAGCCUUCUUCUAGAGGUUCACCCUACUCCUCCCAAAGAUCCCUCCACUCCUCCCGAGGGCUGAUGAGACAGUCCCCACCUCCCUCUCCCCUAGCACAACACCCCCAGUCCACCCACUCUCCCCACAGUUCUCCCCGACUCUCUCAUCGCUCCUACAACCGGUCCCCUCACAGCUCGCCCCGGGGCUCCUUCCGAUCCAGCAACACUCCCAUUGGAUCACCUAAAGAGAUGAGAGCAACCGGGCCAGACAGUCAGACGGGGUCCGCUUUUGGUUCCCAGAGAGAGCUAGGUAGUCAGCAGCAGCAGCAGGUGUUAAUGGACAAUAGUCACCACAGUUUGCAGCGGGAUCCAGUCAGCUAUCAUAACUCCCAGUUGGAAAACCUGUCUGGUUCAUUGAGAGAUAUGGGUUCUCAACGGGAUCUCAAUAGUUACCAAGGUUCCCAACGAGAUUUGAAUUAUAGUAAUCAUGGCUCACAGCGAGAUUUGAACAGUUACCCUAAUUCUCAACGAGAUUUGAGUAAUGCUAGUUACCACGGUUCCGCCCGGGAUCAGUACGACAUGCCACGGGACCAUGACUACGGUUCUGACAGACACAGCACGCCCCAAGGGUCUACCAGGGACUUCCCUAGUCAUCCUGGUAGUAAAAGGGAGUUUAACAUGAGUCCUCAACACUCCCUCAGAGACCUGGCCAUGGAGCAAUCCUCCUUCCACGGGUCUUACAGAGACAUAGGAAACUCGAGUCCUCACGGUUCACAACGAGACUAUGGCAGUACUCAACACGGGUCACAGAAAGAAUUUGGCAGCUUGCCAGCUUCACAGCGGGACUUUAGUGGGAGGGAUUCAAGAGAGAGGUACAGAGAACCAGACAACCAAUCUCGGAGAUCAUCUGAACAGUCAGGAAGGCAGAUGAACAGGAAGCCCAGACACCCUUCUCCUUCUCGCUCUACACACAGUACCCAGUCCAAACGAUCUAAUGUAACCGACCGGGAUCAGCAGAGGACGGACAGCUUGACCCACUACUCAGUUACCAGUCUUCAGUCGGACUACGCUCCUUCGUACAGUGUCCAGAGUAUCUCUACCCACAGUGUCCAAUCCUUUGACUCCAGACCGCACGAUACCCGGUCUAAUAUGUCGUCUAACAGCUACACGAAGCCGAAACCCCCCGUUCUUAGGACUGCUAAUCUCUACCGGGAAAAGAAUCAGCCACUAGGAUUGAGUUUAGGUGGUGGAAGAGGCUGGCCACUAGGUUCAAUACCUCUCUUUAUAUCGUCAUUAACAAAGGGUGGCGUUGCUGCUAGAGCGGGAGUCCUCAAGGAAAGAGACAGAAUAGUUUCCAUAAACGGCACAAACGUAGAGGACUUUAGUCAUGAGGAUGCAGUGAGGCUACUUAAGGAGGCUACGACUCCCGUUACUUUGGUGGUCACGGAUCCUGAUACCAAUAGGCCUGAUUUCAAGAUGGUUAAGUUAACGAGAUCUCAGGACGGCUUUGGAUUUAGCAUUGUAGGAGGAAAAGACAAUGUUCCAUCUCUGCCAAUAACCAUCAAACAGGUCUUCGAAAAUGGACCUGCGUACGGUAAACUAAAGCGGGGUGACCAGAUAAUUUCUGUUAACGGCAAAAGCAUCGAGGAUUACAGCCGAGAAGAAGCGACAUUGCUAUUGAAGUCGUGUACUGAAACGGUCACUUUAUUCAUACAGUGACGCCCUCAUCGCAUGACCACAAAGAAACAUUGUGACGUCAUCAGUUCCAACUCCAAGUGAAAUUAUUCGAUCUACGCUGUCACUAUCAAUCAUUCUGUCGAACUUCAGAUCUGUCCGGAACACCUGCACUUUGAAGCCAAUUUUUCACACCAAAAAUGAAAACGCCAUAAAAGAUGAAAAACCUAGGUCUGGGACUUUUGGCUUUGCGGUCAACGCAAAUAUGCAAUAGACAUUUCAUUUUAGGGUGAACAAUAUUCUGCAAUUAAACGAACAUAAGAGUUCAAAUACACACCCAGGGAGUGUAAGUGACCUGAAAGUGAAGAUUUUCAGUCAUCAGUAAACACUCACAAGACGAUUUUAUUGCUGUUCCCAAGUUUUGCUACUAGAAAUAGAAGUAGAUGUGACAAUUUUAAUU